AUGUAUACCAUCCUUUCAACUCUCCUUACCAUCCAUACCAUCCUUGCCUUGAGCGCUGGCGCUCUCGCCACAGCUGCAUUAAAUGAGCGUCGAUCUGGCGGUUCCGGGACACUCGGUCAUGAUGCGGAUCUCACGAUCUCCGUCUGGGACGAUAUCGACUGCACUCCCACGUUUGAGCCGAACAGCGAGUUCCAUUUGUCCUGGGGCGUGAUGCAGCCCACUAACGGUUCAACCAAUACAUUCAAGCUCAGCCGGGUUCUAAGAGACACCGAGCAACUCGACUGGAGUGCCGCCACGGCAGAUCCUCCGGGCGCAAACAGAGCUCGUUCAGAACGUAUCGUUCCCGGUUGCGAGCACUUUCUCCGGACAAUGCGUACGGCUCCAGGUGGCAUUGAGUCCUUACAGGAAAAUACAUGCUAUCAACUAGAUCUAGGGGCAAAUACCCUGAAUGCCAUCGCUACCAAAUACGAUGCGGUCGACACCACAGCCUACCCAGAUAUCAAGAUCACGUUAUGGGAUGUCCCCAACUGUGGGUUGAAGAAGCCUGGAGAUCAAGUUGAUCCCCUCCAUUCUGGGGAACUGUUCGACACGCUUCCAAUCGCCGUGAACUACGUCACUAGCAUGACAUGA